AUGAAUACCUCUCAUUUCCUGGCUUCCCUCUUCCCAGGAUUCCUACAGGGUAAGAAUGGGACCAAUCCAUUGGAUUUUGUCUACAACUUCUCUGAUGGCUGCCAGGAUUCAGUGGACCUGUUGGCCUUCAUCAUCACCACCUACAGCAUUGAGUCCAUCUUGGGGAUUCUGGGAAACCUCUGCUUGAUAUAUGUGACCACAAGACAAAAGGAAAAGUCCAAUGUGACCAACCUACUCAUUGCCAAUCUGGCUUUCUCUGACUUCCUCAUGUGCCUCAUAUGCCAGCCACUCACAGCCACUUACACCAUCAUGGACUACUGGAUCUUUGGUGAAGUCCUUUGUAAGAUGUUAACUUUCAUCCAGUGUAUGUCGGUGACAGUCUCCAUCCUCUCACUGGUCCUUGUGGCCUUGGAGAGGCACCAGCUCAUCAUUCAUCCAACAGGUUGGAAGCCCAGUAUUUUCCAGGCCUACCUGGGGAUUGUGGUUAUCUGGUUCAUUUCUUGCUUCCUCUCCUUGCCCUUUCUGGCCAAUAGUAUCCUGAGUGACCUCUUCCACCACAAUCAUUCUAAGGCUGUAGAGUUUCUGGAGGACAAGGUAGUCUGCAUUGUAUUCUGGUCCUCAGACCACCACCGUCUCAUCUACACUACCUUCCUGCUACUCUUUCAGUACUCUGUCCCUCUGGUCUUCAUCCUGGUUUGCUAUGUACGCAUCUACCAGCGCCUGCAGAGGCAGAGGCAUGUGUUCCACAAGGACACUUGUAGUUCACGAGUGGGGCAGAUGAAGCGAAUCAAUGGCACGCUCAUGGCAAUGGUGGCUGCCUUUGCAGUGCUGUGGCUGCCCCUGCAUGUGUUUAACACUCUGGAGGACUGGUACCAGGAGGCCAUUCCUGCUUGCCAUGGCAACCUCAUCUUCUUGAUAUGCCACAUGCUUGCCAUGGCUUCCACCUGUGUUAACCCUUUCAUCUACGGCUUUCUCAACACCAACUUCAAGAAGGAUAUCAAGGCUCUUGUGCUGACAUGCUAUUGCAGGUCACCCCGAGGGGAGUCUGAGCGUCUGCCACUGUCCACUGUGCACACAGACCUUUCCAAAGGAUCUGUAAGGCUGGGCAGCAAGUCUAACUUCAUAUAG